UUGCUAGGAUGCUCCAGCCAGACAAAAGUGCGCUCAUUACCAUUAUUUUUCAGUGAUAUCGACGUUGUCGUGCUUGGAAAAUGGAACGGGUUGCCGUUAUGGACCGUGGCCAGUGCGCUGGAACUGAACAACAUAGCAGAACCGGGUUCAAUCAAGAUCUUAGACAAAGCAUCGGUGCCCAUCAUCAAGUUAGUUGAUAGAAGAACUGACAUAAAAGUCGACAUCAGUUUCAACAUGAACAACGGUGUUCGCAGUGUCAUGCUUAUAACAGUGGGUCGAUAUUUCGAGUUACAACUAUAUGAAAACUUUUCCCCCUCUUGCGAAUUCGUACAGUUUGAUAUUGAUGAUUGUCAGCUAUUUUGUUGCAUCACGGUCACUGGUCCGAAUUUAGGGGUGUUACUGAUAGAAUUUUUCGAAAUGUACGGUCGACAAUUCAACUACCUGCAGACAGGCAUUCGGGUUAAGAACGGCGCCUCGUACAUACCGAAAGAAGAGCUGCAGAAAGAUCUGAGCGAAGGCCAUCAGCCAUCACUGCUUUGCAUCGAAGAUCCCUUGCAGCCAGGAAACGACAUCGGUCGCAGUUCCUACGGUGUUAUGAAAGUGAAACAAGCAUUCGAGUACGCCUAUCAAGUCCUGAGCAAGCAGAUGUUCCAUCCGCGUCAGGGCUUAUCCGUACUUUCUCUUUGCAUCGACUUUGACGAUCAUCAUGCGUUUAGAGCCAUGACCUGUGCCACAGUAAUUUACGCAUCGUCUUUCGCGCAGUUUAUAACGGUACCCUUCCAUGCUUUUGACAAAGGGGUGUUUAGAAAUAUCUACUAUAGCGUCACUAACUUGUAUAGGUGGCGCAGUAGCUAUCCAAGCUACCCGCCUUCUGUUUAG